AUGACCUACGAUAAACAAAACAAUGGCCAUCUCGCCAAACCGUUCACUCCGACUUUGAGUGCUGCGUUUCACCGAAGUCAAAAAGCUCCUUUGACCCCGAAGCUCGCAAGUCCUAGUCCAAGUGCAGGGCUAACUCCCCGCCGCCUCGCCCCCGAUCACCCAUAUUCCACCCCCUCCAAAGAAGACUCCCCCGCCGUUCAUCCGAACUUCCUCAGUGCCAAUGUCACCCCACGAUCUGGCCCACGAACCACCCGCAGAGAUGGCGCUUUCGCAUCCCCGACAAAUACACCACCUGCACCCUCGCCGCAGGGAUCUUACUCAAAAUCCACGGUCGGUUAUGGCCGCAGGGACCGCAGCCCGGCUCGCGGGGUGAAACCGGAGCAGCCAAGGAGUUUGAGGGCAAAGACUCUCACGACGGAUACACAACCCAUCACACGCCCAAACUCGUUCUCCGAACUAGCUUCGGGGGCCCCGCUGUUCUUCCAUGCGUCUGACGCGCGAUCAUCCCACCCCUCGGAGGUGUCCACUGCCCCUCGUCCACGGCCUCAGGGGCAGCAGACAUCUCCGGCGUCGAGCUUCGUGUAUGCGAAUGGGGACCAAGAACGGAAAUCUUUGGGUGAUCAAUCCAGCACGUUAUCCACUGCAUCAAAGCGCCGUUCUGGGGGUAUAAUUGCUCCUCGCCCUAUGCCCGCGAGUAAACCGGUAUCCUCGCCAUCCCCGCGCCUGAAUUCUCCCCGGCUUUCCGAUGCGGCCUCACCCCCGAUGGAGGAUGCGAGGUUGCCGUUCCUUGGUGGCCUGGAUCACGGCUUGGGUAUAGUCCCCCAUCUUGGGACACCGUCGAGCAUGAUCUCCGACAAACAACCACCACAAAUUCGUCACCAAAAAGCCUCGAGUGUUGACUCAAAUGCACCCUUUAGUCCGUUGCACGAAACCCUACGCGCGAGUCCGAUUAUUGCAUCUGGAAAUACCUCCCAUGAUGGGCCAGUGCCCGUGAUGUCCGAGAACAUACCGCCUCUUCGUCCUCGUAUCUUCAGCAGUGGGUCCUCCGCCUCGACCGAUACGUAUCCUCCCGCGCCUCUCAGCCCAGGCAAGUCCGAUGGUCCUAGCGACGCAGCUCUCAACGCGCGAACCGAACGCAAGAUCAUGGAUUUGGAAAUUAGCAACUCCUCAUUGCUGGCCAUCAACCGGACACUCGAGCGGGAGAUGCGACAGCAGAAAGCCGAACUACGACGAUUCAGACGACUGAGUCGGUCUGGGCGUAUCUCAAUGGCACCUUCGACUCGUUCAUUCUCCGGGGUGGCUCUCUCGGCCACCAGUGAGAUGGAGGAAGGCGAAAGCGAGUACUCCAUUCAGUCGCCCGAGGAUAAUUCUGAAAUAAGUGAUGAAGACUCGAUUGUUGACGAAGGCGUUUUAAGUCCGGGCUCGCUGGCAGAGCAUGAUGCUAAGCACCGCGCUCACGAUGAAAAGCGGGUUAUGCUUGACCUAGCAAAACAUCAAGAAGUGCUCGUGGACAGCCAGAAGAUGAACCAAAGUCUCAAGCGCUGUUUAAAUUGGACCGAAGAACUUAUUAAAGAAGGUCAGCGGGCACUCGAAUACAACGUCCAUGUCCAAGACAUUGAAUUGGGCGGCCGUGUCCUCUCGCCAGAAGAAUUAGGCGAAAUUGGUGACGUUGGCCGUGGACUGCUCAGUCCCUCAUCAGAGUACAGAGAAAUGUUCUCACCUAUGGAUUCUUCUGCCGAAGUAUCCUUCGUCCUCUCCCCAUCUAUUGAUCCACCAUCUACUGCGCCAUCUGUUGCUGCUGAUCCGAGUACAUGA